AUGAAUGAUGAUGAAUCGGCUUUAAAAGAUAGUAUUUAUAACAUUUUCCUUUAUGUUGCUCUGGAAGUGUUAAAUAAAUGGCUAUAUAUAAUAACAGCAGAUAUUUAUAUCUUGUGUAUUAUUAUAACUAAAAUGUCUACAAGAAAACCACAAUAUGGUGAGUCAAUGUAUAGAUCUAAUAGACCAACUGUGUUUUAUUCCACGAAAAUUAUUGGAUAA